AAAACAUGCUUCUUAUUGUAGAUAAUGAGAAUGAUGGGGGUAAUAGAUCCGAUACGAGGCUGGUGCUGCUCUCUGCAUUCUCUCUACAACUAACUAAUGCUUCCUGCAAUCGAAAACAUAUAAACAUACGAAGAAUGGAAAGAAACCACAACCUUUAAAACAGGCAUUAUCAAUAUCACCUUGUCAUUUCCCCAAGAACGUGACUGUUAUUCAUUCAUCAACGACCAUGGCACAAGUCGAACCCGAAAUUUAUUACGUUGCACCGACUCCUACUUCUCCCAAUUCGGUCUUCCCUCUCCUUGUCUACCGUAAUGUGUUGAAGCAUACGGCGCCAGAGGACAUUUUGGACACCAUUGAGCCCAAUGGCUGGAAGAAGGGUGGCCAGUGGACCACAUAUAAGAUUCCUCAUUACCACACGACUGUGCAUGAGACCUAUGGCAUUAUCAGGGGCUCCAGCACGUAUUCAAUGGGUAAAACCGACUUCGAUCCGGAAUUUAACGAGCAGGGCCAGGAAAAUGGUUUGAAAUUACAUGUUUCAGUUGGUGACGUCUUUGUUGUGCCGGCUGGUGUCAGCCAUUGCUCGCUGGAUUCGGAAGGUGACUACGAGUUUAUCGGCCUUUAUUCCCCGGAGGACAAACAGUUCGACAUGAAUAUGGGCAAGGCACCCCCUGAGAGGACCAAGAUUUUGGCAGAGAAGUGUGAAAAUUUACCAAUUCCGGAUUCGGAUCCUAUCUAUGGCAAGUCAGGCCCUCUGCCCAGAAUCUGGAAGAAGGCCAAGGUUGAUGCCAAGAGCAUUACGACUUGAUACGAAAUUGAUGUAACCCUAGGGAUCUGAGAUCAUGAAAGGGUAGUUUAAGUCUUUAGUAGCAGGAGU